AUGAACAGAAUAAUUAUUCUUUGCUGUGUGUUGGUGGCAGUUUCGGCCCAAUAUGGGGGUAGAUCAGCAGGUGGUCUCUUAGGUCACACACAACCCCUUAAAUUCCAAGUAAUUGGACUCAGCCGUGGUGGUGGUGGCGGCGGAGGCGGCGGCGGCGGCGGAGGUGGCGAAGGACACGGCCACGGCCACGAAAGCAUUGGAUUCACUGGAUCAAACUUCCAAACUCCAGUGGACAUCCACCACGAGAAAGCCAUCCACAUCAAGGCCCACCCUGAAUACCACUACGACUACCACGUAGCCGACCACAAGCAUAAGGACUACAAGAGCAAGCACGAAACCAGAGACGGUUACAAAGUAAAGGGAUCAUACAGUCUUUUGGAACCCGAUCACAAGACCAUCCGUAUUGUCGACUAUGUAUCCGAUAAGAAACUUGGCUUCGUUGCCAAAGUAUCCUGGAAAAAACACGAAUAG